UACAAGGUUCUAGCUGUAGCUAGGACUGCUUCUGCAGAAGAAGUAAAAUCUGCGUAUCAUCGUGCUCUUUUAGUUCAUCACCCGGAUAAAAAUAUCUGCACACCGGCAACGAUCCAUCUCGCAACAAUCAAAGAAGCUUAUAAAGUGCUCUCAUCCCCCGCUCUUCGGGCGCUGUACGACGCAAAGUCUGUGCAGAAUGCAGGCACCACUGGUCCACGACCUGCUCAGUUAAUAUCGCUCGAAGAAUUCGAAGAAGAUGCUAAUGAUGAUACCGUUUGGACUUAUCCUUGUCGAUGUGGUGCAAACUAUCGCAUAACAGAAAAUGAGAUGGAACAUGGGACACAUCUCAUCGGAUGCAGUGGCUGUUCAGAGUUUAUCUGGGUUGGUUUCGAACUCGUCAAACUGUGUGUAGUCGUAAUUGGUGAACCGCCCAAUCAUGUGCUAACCUCGAAAGCGUAG